AUGUGCCAAUCAUCAGAACACGAUGAGUUGCGUGCUGAUCAGGCUCACAUGCCCGAUGAGUUACAUAUGAGGCGGGAGGUGGACUGGAGCAAGCACCCGUCGGUGGCGCGGCCCAGCCAGGUGACGCUGCCGUUCCUGGCGUUCGCGCGCCGCCCCGCGCCGCACCACGAGGAGGUGCGCCGCCGCGAGCUGCACACCGCCGCGCCGCGCUCCCGCCUCAUCUUCGAGGUGCCGCGCCGCCCUGACUUCCGCUACGCCUACUAGACGCGCCUUCUCUCGCCGAUCGACGCCCUGGGUUCAAAAGGACACCGAUGAAAAGGGAAACCAAUGGUAACCCUCGUUGAUGCACGGUGGACAAAAAGUCUUUUAUUUCUUGCGAGUUGCUAUAAAAGACACCCUCAUUGAUACAGGAUGGCCGAAAAGUGGUAUUUUCUGCGAAUUGCUAUAAAAGACACCCUCGUUGAUACAGGGUGGGCAAAAAAAAGUUAUUUUCUGCGAGUUGCUAUAAAAGACACCCUCGUAACCCUCGUUGAUACAGGGUGGACCAAAAAAUGUAUUUUCUGGGAGUUGCUUCAAAAGACAUCUCCACUGUGACCAGUGACGUAACGGAAAGAAUGCAGACCCGACUGCAACACUUUUGCCUGGGCCCCCUUGAUAUAAAAGUGUAGAGCAAACGGGAGUUAGUGCCUUAAAUAAUAAAACUAUCCCCUAAAAAUAGGUACUCUUUUACCCGGGCCCGCUUGCAUUGCCGGCCUCGUGGGCCCGAACGGUACGCCACUGGUCUGCGAUGUCAAAAGACGUAACCAGAAAAUUUCACCGAGCAGACCUUUGUAGUCAUUUUUAGGACUACAAAUGCUGCCUUUUUCAACAAACAAGUGUAUUGGAGGGCUACCAUUGUAUUUCCAUAAAAUGCUACCAAAAUGCAAAGGGUUGCCAUUAUAUUCGCCCUUACCCUUUAAAAGUACAAUUUUAACAUAAUCCUUUUUGAACUUACGGUGUCGAAAUGCUCUUGUCUUUGUUGUGGUUCUAUAUUAAGACAAGUUUCAACUAGAUGUACUUUAUAAUGUUCUGUCAUAUUUUUUAUUUCUUUGUGUAUAGCUUCUUCCAUUUUUACAUUAUCAAAUAUUCCGAUCUUCUCCUCCUUUCUCCUCUUUUCUCAUUUGUUUUGUCUUAUAUUAAUGUUUUUGAGAACAAUUCGGCGCAAAAUAUAUUCCUUCCAAUUCGCUUUCCUGUUCAUUUUUCCAAUAACUUUCCUUUCCUCUUUUAAUUCUUCUCAGUUAUGAUUCAUUAAUUUUUGUGCAUUGGAUACUCAAAUGUUCUUUUAGUACAUUUCGUCAAACAGCAUUUAGUCGGAUUCUUUUUUAUUCUAUGUGAACAAGAGUAAAUGAGUGUCAACAUCGAGGCAGAUUUAUUUCUCUUUUUAUACAUGUUUCACUGUAAUUUUUUUAAAUUAAAAGAAGAAACAAGCUGUUUGACGACGAUACUUCUGUUCUAAGCUGUUUGUAAAAAAAUCAAAUUUAUCCUCAUUAUAAUGUACAAAUAUUACUUAUUUACUGUAAAUUACUUUAGUGUCAUUCAGUUUUGUAAAAUGUAAGUUAUCUUUAACUCUAGAAUUUCUUGGUUAAGAUGUGCACAAAAUAUUUUGUUCUAAUACAAUGCAUUUUCUAACAGAACAUUUAUAUCAACCCUGCAGACCGAUCAUUACUCACAAAUUAAACAUGAUAUUGUAAUUUCAAUGCUUAUUCCAUUUACUUAACUCAGGAGGGAAUCGAUUGCGAAACGAACUCGAACUAGGUCGAAACUAAUGUUUCUCGCAAAAGAUGUAAAUUUUUCUGUAAACACAUACCAAAAAAUAUAUAUUCCAAAUAACACAUCUACAAAACUUAGCAUGCUAAAUUUCUUUAGACAUUUUACCAUCUAUAUGUGUUCGUAUCUCAGAACUCUGAUUAAAAUGGCAGACAAUAUUCACUUAUUGCUUUUGAAAUUAAUUUAAGAAUAUCCUGAAAAAUAUGAAAUUGUGAAACGCAGUUGUCAUAUAUUUUAAAAUGUCAUUUGUAUUGAAGUUUGUUUGUAACCAAAUAUUAAAACGAAUGCAUAUGUUUUAGAAAUGUCUCGUUUGGAUACUCAGACGCUUUUAGUUUCCUUGGCCUAUGAUAGAAAUGUGUCUUAGGCGCGGGCGCCUUUCUAGGAAAAACUAACACAUGCUUUUGCAGAGUUGCAAUUAUGUUAAAACAUCCUUUGCUUUUCUUCACUACAGUUAGUUUCUCCAGUGAUUUUUAUAUUGCAUUCUUGUUGCUUAAUGCUAACAAAGUUAUAUUGCAUUUUUGUCUAAGUUUUAGAUAUACUUUUUAUUUUUGUGGAAAUUAGACUAAUAGACUGUGAUAUAUUUUAUUACGUCGCUAUGUACUUUUUUGCUGGAUAAUAAAAAUAUAUUUUAAAUAGCA